UUCUAACUUUGCUCUGUGUGAUUGUUUGGUGAAGGAGCAACAGAAUCCGAUAUGACAUUUGCUAUCUCCAGCUAACCAAUGUCUGAUGAAGACCAGGAAGCACAUGAGGAUGAAUUACUAGCUCUCGCUAAUAUUUUCCCAAAAGAUGAAUUCAGGAGAGCAGAAACCUCAAAAGGAGGGGAAAUCCAAGUGUGCCUCGAAUUACCAUCUAACUUUGAAAUAUCCAUCAAAAGUAACACUGCAGAAAACAUCUUCAUUGAGGACUUUAAGGACCCGCUAUCUUACCUACCCCCAAUUGUGCUGAAUUUUGAACUUCCUUCAGAUUACCCAUCAACCUCGCCACCAAAUUUCACACUCAGCUGCAAGUGGCUCACACCCAAGCAGCUUUCCAGACUUUGCCAGCACUUAGAUGAACUUUGGAAGAGAAAAUCAGGAUGUGUUGUUAUAUUUACUUGGACUCAAUUUCUAAAGAAGGAGACGCUUGAAUUCUUAAGUAUCCAAUCACCUUAUGAGAUUGAAGUGUGUCCCAAUGUGUCACAGAACUGUAAUAAAACUCCUGUGGAAACCGAUCUCUGCAGCAAUGCAGAAUCACAAGAGGAUGGGGUCUGUGACAAGAGGGCCAUACAGGAUGUGGAGUCUGUGUCUGCCCUGAUAAAUUGCAUCUUGGAGUUCAAUGAGUCUCAGCAAAAGAAAUGCUUUGAUGGCAAAUUGUACAUGUGCAAUAUCUGUUUCUCAGAAAAGCUGGGCAGCGAGUGCACACAUUUUAAACUUUGCAAUCAUAUCUACUGCAACAUUUGCCUCAAGGAUUACUUCGAAAUUCAAAUCAAAGAUGGCCAAGUCCACUCUCUGAACUGUCCAGAACCAGAGUGCUCCUCCACAGCAACACCUGCUCAGGUAAAGGAACUGGUAGAAGAAGAGUUGUUCAGCCGUUAUGACUGUCUCCUCUUGCAAUCCAGCUUGGAUCUCAUGCCAGAUGUUGUAUACUGUCCUCGUCCAAGUUGUCGGACACCAGUCUUGCAGGAGCCCGGGAGCAAUAUGACUAUUUGCCACAAUUGCCAAUAUGCAUUCUGCAUGUUCUGCAAAAUGACCUACCAUGGAGUCUCCAAAUGUAAACUAAAAGGAGAAAAACUUCUCAAGGUGUGUGCUGAAUAUCUGAAAGCAGAUGGUGCCACAAGGACAUUUCUGGAGAUACAGUAUGGGAGGAAAUUUUUGCAGAAAACAGCAAUUGAGUUGAAGAGCAAAGAAUGGCUAGCUAAUAACUCCAGUCCUUGUCCUACAUGUGGAGUUCAUAUACAGGAAAGUUAUAUAGGCCUGCAUAUUUCAAUGCACUGGGAUUAUCCUUAA